AUGCAACUUUGCCCAGACGCGCAACGUAGCGCGGAAGCCUACAUGAGGAAGAAACUGAAGCCGUCAGUGGUGUUCCAGAAACGAACGGAAACUUCUCAUGUGGACUGUGGUCGUAUACUCACCGGCGACAUUGCCUAUACCACACUAAUAGCAGCAAAUCGACCGGUUCUGCUUAAAAGUCAGAUGAACUCAUCAUGUGAGGAGAUCAGACAACGUGUAAUGCCACCAAUACCAAUGGAUAAAUUAGCAUUUGGUGUCGCUUAUGUUCGUGUGGUGUACAGGGAUUACACAUUGAUCGAGGAAGAACUUCGAUCUAGUUACCACCCGCAAAACUUCUUCUGUUAUUCUAUUGACCAGAAGGCUGAUAAAGAUUUCCAUGACAGAAUAAAGCAACUUGCUGUCUGCUUCCCAAACGUCCUCAUAACACCAGGGGGUCUUAAACUAAUUGUCUGGGCUGAUAGCCUUCUGCUAGCACUUUCAAGCAUUUUGAUCGCCUUCAGUGACUCAUUCUUGAAUCAGUUCCGCAAAAAGUAA